GAGAAGUUUGAGUGCCUAGAAAAUGUGCAUGAAUAGUACAAUGUCCUAACAGGAGUAAAGUUCAUUUUAAUUGUGAAGGAGUUUUUCCUUUCCCAUAAUCUGAAGAAAACUGCACAUUAAGAAAACUGCCAUGAAUGAGUGCUUGUUUCACAGUCCCCCCGAUUUAAGGAAAUUCCGGAACAAAGGACGCAGUGUGAAUGUGUGUUCAUCUCAAAACUGGUAGUAACGAGGAGUAACUUUGAAACCUGAGAAGUGGAAUACUACCUUCGUUUGUAGUUCGCGUCAGUAAUCCAUGGUUUUGUAGAAAAUAAACUCUUAAAAGUCUGGUUUAAAAUUAAACAAUGGACAACUUUUUCACUGAGGGAACACGAGUCUGGUUGAGAGAAAAUAAUCAGCAUCUUCCAUGCAUUGUUUCAGCAUGUUCAGGAGGAGUGAUCAACUUUACCACUGUCUGUGGCCAGGUGUACACAUACAAACUGAACACCUUAACCAGGGAAAAGGUGGUGGCCAUGCAUCCAAGCAGUGUUGAGGGUGUUGAGGAUAUGGCGAGUCUGGCAGAUCUGCACGAAGGAGCAAUCAUGCAUAACUUGCAUAUUCGCUACAAACGAGACAGUAUAUACACCUUUGUUGGCUCCAUUUUGGUGUCAGUAAAUCCAUAUAAGCCAAUUCCUGGACUUUAUGAUAAAAUCACAAUGGAACAAUACAGCAAGCAUCAACUGGGCGAAAUUGCACCUCACAUUUUUGCUGUUGCAAAUGAAUGUUACCACUGCCUUUGGAAACGUGAUGACAAUCAAUGUGUCCUCAUCAGUGGAGAAAGUGGUGCUGGAAAAACGGAAAGCACGAAACUUAUCCUGAAAUAUUUAUCAGCAAUGAGCCAACAUUCUCUUGAAGCAACAGCAAAGGAUAAGAUCUCCCACGUUGAGCAGGCUAUUUUGGAAAGCAGCCCCAUCAUGGAAGCAUUUGGUAAUGCAAAGACCGUCUACAACAACAACUCAAGCCGAUUCGGGAAAUUCAUCCAGCUGAACUUCUGUCAGAAGGGCAACAUUCAGGGAGGCAGAAUCAUAGAUUAUUUAUUAGAAAAGAACCGUGUAGUCAGACAGAACCCUGGAGAGAGGAAUUAUCAUAUUUUCUAUGCACUGCUUGCUGGUACCGAUGAAGAACAAAGAGAAAUGUGUUAUUUAUCUGAACAAGAAAAUUACUAUUACUUGAGACAGUCUGGAUGUAUCAUGGACAGUACAGCUGAUGACAAGCAGACCUUUCAGGAGGUCAUGGCUGCUAUGAAAGUCAUGAAGUUCAAAACUGAGGAGAUUUGGGAAGUGCUAAAGCUCCUCGCUGGUGUCCUACAUCUUGGCAAUAUUGAGUUUGCAAUUGCUGGAGGAGCCCAAGUUUCCUCAAAAGCAGCACUGGGGAACACGGCAGAGUUGCUUGGGUUGGACUCCCUGCAGCUAGCUGAGGUGUUAACACAUCGAUCCAUGAUUCUCCGAGGUGAGGAGAUCAGCACACCUCUGACAGUGGAGCAGGCUGUGGAUUCCAGAGAUUCUAUGGCUAUGGCACUUUACUCCCAGUGUUUUACAUGGAUCAUCCGGAAGAUCAACAGCAGAGUAAGAGGAAAGGAGGACUACAAAUCAGUGGGAAUCCUUGACAUAUUUGGAUUUGAAAACUUUGAGAUAAAUCGAUUUGAACAGUUCAAUAUCAAUUAUGCAAAUGAAAAACUUCAGGAAUACUUUAACAAGCACAUAUUUUCCUUGGAACAGUUGGAAUACAGCAGAGAUGGAAUAAUCUGGGAAAACAUCGAUUGGAUUGAUAAUGGGGAGUGUCUGGAUCUCAUUGAAAAGAAAAUGGGCAUUCUGGCCCUAAUCAAUGAGGAGAGCCAUUUUCCAAAGGGCACUGACAGUACGUUGCUGGAGAAGCUGCACAGUCAGCAUUCGAGCAAUCCAUGUUAUGUGAAGCCCAGAGUGAUUGACCAUUACUUUGGAGUGAAGCACUAUGCCGGAGAGGUUUUGUAUCACGUAAAGGGGAUUUUGGAGAAGAACAGAGAUACCUUCAGACAUGACAUUCUCAACUUGUUACGUGAAAGCAGACUGGAUUUCGUCUAUGACUUAAUCGAGUAUACAUCAAGCAAGAAUAAUGAGGAGACACUUAAAUCUGGAACCAAACAUCGAAAGCCAACUGUCAGCUCUCAGUUCAAGAAUUCUCUUCAUUCGCUGAUGGCUACGUUAAGCACAUCAAAUCCUUUUUUUGUCCGAUGCAUCAAACCCAAUGUGCAGAAGAUGCCGGAUCAGUUUGACCAAACAGUGGUUUUAAAUCAGUUGAGGUACUCAGGGAUGCUAGAGACUGUGAAAAUACGACAAGCUGGGUUCCCAGUCAGGAGACAGUUCCAUGACUUUUACAGAAGGUACAAGGUGUUGAUGAGGAAUCUCUCCUUACCUGAUGAUUUCAAGGGGAAAUGUGCUGCACUACUUUAUUUCUACGAUAACACCAGAACAGACUGGCAACUUGGUAAAACCAAGGUUUUCAUACGUGAGUCCUUGGAGCAUAAGCUAGAAAAACAUCGCAGUGUUGAAGUUUAUAAAUCUGCCAUGAUCAUACAAGCUUAUGUCCUUGGCUAUCUAGCAAGGAAGCAAUACAAAAAGAUGCGGGAUAUGAUUGUGGUCAUUCAGAAAAACUAUCGCGCUGUCUUCUGGAAAAGGAAGUUCCAGCUUGUACGAACUGCCACAAUAACGCUGCAGGCACACCGACGGGGCCAGCUGGCUCGCAGACUCUACAGACAGCUAAUGGAAAAUAAAAAACAGAAAGAGGAGGAGCAGAGCAGGAGAGAGCAGGAAGAAAGAGAAAGGAAAGAACGAGAAGCAGAAAUCCUCAGAGAACAGAUCGAGGAAGAAAGGAGGCGACAGGAGCAAGCGGCCAUGGCAGAGGCUCAGAAGAAAGCCAUAGAAGAAAGGCAGCUGGAAAAGCAAGAGAACAGGCAGGUGGAGGAGAUUCUGCGGCUGGAGAGGGAGAUUGAAGAGCUUCAACGUCAGAAGGAACGCCAUGAGUCAGCACUCACCAAGAAUUCCCUUGCACAGCUCCAGCAGCUUCGUGACGAGGAGCUAAAAAGACUGGAAGAUGAAGCCUGCAAGGCUGCACAAGAGUUCCUGGAUUCCCUGAAUUUUGAUGAAAUUGAUGAAUGUGUCCGCAACUUUGAAAGUUCUCUCUCUACUGACAGUGAAUACAAACUGAAUACCUCAGCAGUGCCCAAUCCUAUUGAAAAACCUACCUUCAACUUCAGCCAGCCGUAUCCUGAAGAAGAGGAAGAUGAGGGCUUUGAUGCUGAUGAUGAUGCAUUUAAGGACUCGCCAAACCCAAGCGAGCAUGGUCACUUCGAUCAGCGGACCAGCGGAAUCCGGACAAGCGAUGACUCUUCAGAGGAAGACCCUUAUAUGAACGAUGCAUUGGUGCCCACUAUUGUAAAUGAUGAGACUGCCCCUCUGGCUAUCACUACUCCCAAUCCAGCGAGCCUCAGCAAGCCCACCAACAAAGACUCUACAUACUGCAUACCUGAGCAAGUAGAUACCGAGAAGGAGAACCCUGAGCUCAUCCCGCCAGAUGAAGAAUCUGAUUAUGCUGAGGGCGAUUAUGAGGAUGGUCCCAUCACAUCUGGCAGCAGUGUCUCCUUUUCAGAUCCUCGCAGCAGCCAGUGGUCACCGGACUGUCAGUAUCGUUACUCUGUGGGCACCUACAACAGCUCAGGAGCAUACAGGUUAAGCUCCGAAGGGCCACAAUCUUCAUAUGAGGAGAGUGAUGAUGAAGUUGAUUCUAGAUUUGACACUGACGAAGAACUAGCUUACCGGCGAGAUUCUGUCUACAGCUGUGUCACUUUGCCUUAUUUCCACAGCUUCCUGUUUAUGAAGGGAGGAUUGAUAAAUACGUGGAAACGCCGAUGGUGUGUUUUAAAGGAUGAAACAUUCAUGUGGUUCCGUUCCAAACAAGAAGCCCUGAAACAAGGCUGGCUGAAUAAAAAAGGAGGUGGCACCUCCACCCUAUCAAGGCGCAACUGGAAAAGACGCUGGUUCGUGCUGAGGGAGAGCAAGCUGAUGUACUUUGAGAAUGACAGUGAAGAGAAGCAAAAGGGAACUAUCGAUAUCAGAUCUGCAAGAGAAAUUGUUGAUAAUACUGGCAAGGAGAACGGCAUUAAUAUAGUGAUAGAAGAUCGUGUCUACUAUCUUAUUGCUGAGACGGCUGAAGAAGCCAGUCAAUGGUUUAGUAUCCUUAGCCAAGUUCAUGGAUCAACUGAGCAAGAGAUUAGAGAGAUGCAUGACGAGCAAGCCAACCCACAUAAUGCAGUGGGCACAUUGGAUGUGGGUCUCAUUGAUUCAGUCUGUGCUUCGGAUAGUCCUGACAGACCCAACUCAUUUGUGAUUAUCACAGCAAACCGCAUCUUGCACUGUAAUGCAGAUACACCAGAGGAGAUGCAUCAUUGGAUAACCUUACUGCAGAGAGUGAAGGGAGACACCAGAGUAGAGGGACAGGAGUUCAUUGUCAGAGGGUGGCUACAUAAAGAAGUGAAGAAUGGUGGGAAGGGCAACACUCUGAAGCUGAAGAAGCGUUGGUUUGUGCUGACCUAUAAUUCACUGGACUACUACAAGAGCUGUGAGAAGAACAUGACCAAGCUGGGGACCCUGGUUCUGAACAGUCUCUGCUCGGUUGUGCAGCCUGAUGAGAGGUUUUUUAAAGAAACUGGUUACUGGAGCACUACGAUAUAUGGCCGUAAGCAUUGCUACCGUCUUUACUCAAAGCUGUUGAAUGAGGUAACCAGGUGGACAAAUGCAAUCCAGAAUGUUAUUGACACUAAACCACCUAUCGACACACCCACGCAGCAACUUAUUCAGGAUAUCAAGGAAAACUGCUUGAAUAUUGAAGUUGUGGAACAAAUCUACAAAAGGAACCCGAUCUUACGAUACACGCACCAUCCUUUGCAUUCUCCACUUCUUCCACUACCUUAUGGAGACAUCAAUCUGAAUUUGCUGAAAGAAAAGGGUUACACAACUCUACAGGAAGAAGCCAUCAAACUCUUCAAUUCUUUGCAGCAGAUCGAGUCGGUUUCUGACCCUAUCCCCAUUAUACAAAGCAUUCUGCAGACAGGGCAGGAUCUGCGACCUCUGCGGGACGAGUUCUACUGUCAGCUUAUCAAACAAACAACCAAACCACCUCAGCCAGGGAGCCUGAGCAACUUGCGUUGUUGGCAGUUACUUACCUGCAUGAGCUGUACAUUUCUGCCCUGCCGUGCCAUCCUCAGAUAUCUCAAAUUUCACCUCAAAAGGAUACGAGACCAGUUUACAGGGGAAUUGGAGAAAUAUGCAAUAUUUAUAUAUGAAUCACUGAAGAAAACGAAAACUAGGGAGUAUGUGCCAUCUCGAGAAGAAAUAACAGCCUUGAUCAACAGGCAAGAAAUGACGACAACGGUUUACUGCCACGGAGGAGGUUCCUGUAAAAUCACAAUUAAUUCCCAUACAACUGCUGGGGAGGUUGUUGAGAAGCUGAUCCGUGGAUUGGCCAUAGAGCACAGUAGAAAUCUGUUUGCUCUCUUUGAACACAAGGGUACUACUGCGAAGGCAAUUGAAGGCAAAACAGUUGUAGCUGAUGUUUUGGCAAAAUUUGAAAAAGCUGCUGCCACUUUGGGAGAUUCGUGGAAAUUCUACUUCAAACUCUACUGUUUCCUUGACACUGAGAACAUACCAAAAGAUAGUGUGGAAUUUGCCUUCAUGUUUGAACAGGCUCACGAAGCAGUUAUCCACGGUCACUAUCCUGCCCCUGAAGAAACCUUGCAGUAUUUGGCAGCUUUGAGACUUCAGUUCAUGCAGAGGGAUUACUCCACGCAUGCUACUCUGCCAGAAAUGGAAGAGGUGUUUCCGAUGAAGAGGCUAAAAGCGCGAAUCACACAGUCAACCAGAAGCUUUGCUCCUUCUGCAGAUCGGAAUGACAAGAAACGAUCCAGCUUCCUGGAGGGAACUUUGAGGCGGAGCUUUCGAGGGGGCUCCAUCAGUCGAAUGAAGUCAGAGGAUGAACAGAUGAUGGACAUGUGGGUUAAGGAGGAGAUUUCAUCAGUCAGGACCAAUAUUAUUGAUAAGUGGAGAAAGAUGCAUGGAAUCUCGCAAGAGCAGGCGAUGUUCAAGUACAUGGCUUUAAUAAAAGAGUGGCCAGGAUAUGGCUCAACUCUCUUUGAUGUGGAGUGCAAAGAAGGUGGUUUUCCUCAGGAACUCUGGCUGGGUGUUGGUGCUGAAUCUGUCUCUGUUUACAAGCGAGGAGAGGCCAGACCACUGGAGACAUUCCCAUAUGAAAGUAUCCGGUCAUUCGGAGCUCCAAACCCAACCACGUAUAAAUUUGUGGUCGAAGAGAGGGAAUUGUUAUUUGACACAACCGAGGUGGUGGAUCUUGCCAAGCUUAUGAAAGCUUAUAUCAGCAUGAUUGUGAAAAAGCGCUACAGUUCCUCGUAUUCGGCAAGCAGCUAGCACCAUCAGGCCACCACAAGAUCAAUUCUGCCAAUGAUGUUCCUUCUAUGAAUUGUCUUCACAUACUACGUUUGCAGACUUUUUUUUUCCAUUCCGAGGUGCUUGAUACAAGCCAUAUUGGUGAUGCAGGAUAAAGUAAAGCUCUCCAAGCUCAGCAAGCAUGCUCUCCUGAGAAAUACUGGGAUUUUCAACAAGAACCUUUCUGCUCCAAAAAGAGUAUCAUAUUUUUGACAUUGCUUCUCAGGACUCCUGACCUUAAUCAGCUCAUAUCCCUUAUUGCCUUAACACACACUGCCUUCAAGCAGAGAACGUGCCUUACAGUUUUAAAAGUGAUCUUACUCUGAACAAUGACUUAGAUACAAAGACUGCUUUAAACCAUGAGUGCUUGAAUGAGGAAAUCUGGGUUGGAGGGAACGACAGCUUUAAAUAUUAACCUGCUGAAGUGAAAGCUACAAAGCUUCUCUAUAUCUUUGCCUUGGGGAGAAAGGCAAUCUGGUUCUCACUCUGAGUUAAAGAAUAGAGUUGGCACCUGGAGCAACUUCUAGCUAAGUGUUAGCUGCUCUUCUGCACUAAGACAAUACUUUGUCCUGAGAGUAAUGGUGGUGAUUAAAUGGGGUGCUGCAGGCAGCCACACCCAAAGCCGACAGUCACACUCACCAUUAUUGAAACACAUUUUUCAUAGCAUUUCUUUUGUGAAGGGAACUUGAAUGUGCAAUGUUGUACACAGUGUGUGUGUUUAUGUAUGUACAUUUUGUUAGCAACAAAGUUAGUUAGCAGUUUGAUCUAAACUAUUACUUUUAAUCAAGCAUUUGUUCCUGACUAAAUCCAAAAGUAUGUAACUUUCUUAAUUUGAUCUUUACAAAUCUCUGGGCUAAAGUCAUACUGCAGCACGUUCCACCUGUAGUAGCUUGCUAAGCCUUCUAUUUUCUCAGAUGUUGUAGCUAACAUAAAGUAUUUAUACAGUUACAAGCAAUUUUGUAUGCUUAAGUUAAAUAUAAAGUGUAUAAAUGAUGAAUCUAGGAAAUGUUUGCCAUUAUAGUUUUUGCAACAUGUAAAGAAAGACCUGUUCUAUUAACAAUGUAUUAGCAAGAAGCAAAACACUGUUGAUGCUUGAAAUCUGAAAUAAAAGCAGAAAA